AUGAGGACCUCUUUCAAGGAUAUCCCUCCGGUGCCCACGGCCCAGGAGUUUAUUGAUAUUACCCUGAGCCGUACCCAGCGUCGUCUUCCCACCCAGAUUCGCCCCGGUUUCAAGAUCAGCCGUAUUCGAGCCUUCUAUACCAGGAAGGUCAAGUUUACCCAGGAGACAUUGAGCGAGAGGCUGGGAGAGAUUAUCGAGGCUUUCCCUAGGUUGAAUGAUGUGCACCCGUUCCACAAGGAUCUUUUCAACACUCUAUACGAUGCCGAUCACUUCCGCAUCGCCCUCGGCCAGCUUAGCACCGCCAAGCAUCUCGUCGAAACAGUCUCCCGCGAUUAUGUCCGCCUCAUCAAGUACGCCCAAUCGCUCUUCCAAUGCAAGCAGCUGAAGCGCGCCGCCCUCGGUCGUAUGGCCACCAUCGUCAAGAAGUUGAAGGAGCCCCUCCUCUACCUCGACCAAGUCCGCCAGCAUCUCGGUCGUCUCCCGGCCAUCGAUCCCAACACCCGCACCCUCCUGAUCUGCGGUUUCCCCAACACCGGAAAGUCGUCGUUCUUGAAGAGCAUUACUAGGGCUGAUGUUGAUGUUCAACCCUAUGCCUUCACGACCAAGAGUUUGUUUGUUGGACACUUCGAUCACUCAUAUCUUCGGUUUUGCGCUAUUGAUACCCCUGGAAUUUUGGAUCACCCUCUCGAGGAGAUGAACACCAUUGAAAUGCAAUCUAUUACAGCAAUUGCUCAUUUGCGAGCCGCCAUCCUCUACUUUAUGGAUCUCAGUGAACAGUGUGGUUAUCCUGUGUCCGCACAGAUUGCGCUCUUCAAGAGUAUCCGCCCCCUCUUCGCCAACAAGAUUGUCUUCAUCGCCAUCAACAAGAUCGAUGUCACGAAGCCUGAGGACUUGAGCCCCGAAUUGCAGGAGGAGAUCCAAGGUCUCGUCAAGGCCGGAGAGGUAGCCGACAUUUUGCAGCUCUCGUGCAAUACCCAGGAGGGUGUCCAGGAGGCCAAGAAUGCUGCCUGUGAGAGGCUUAUCGCGGAGAGGGUGUCCCAGAAGCUCAAGGCUGGAACAUCCAGCAGCGGUGCCAUUGGUGGCCGUCUUGCCGAAGUCAUGGCGCGUAUCCACGUUGCUCAGCCUAUGGGCGGCGCUACCCGUGAGACUUUCAUCCCCGAGGCCGUGAAGGGCCUCAAGAAGUACGACAAGAAUGAUCCCGAGCGCCGUGUGCUUGCCCGUGAUAUUGAGGCCGAAAACGGUGGUGCGGGUGUUUACAACGUCGACCUCAAGAAGGAUUACCUCCUCGAGAACCCUGAGUGGAAAUACGACAAGAUUCCCGAAAUCUUCGACGGCAAGAACGUUGCCGACUACAUCGACCCCGAUAUCGAGGCUAAGCUUGCCGAACUCGAAGCCGAGGAGGAGCGUCUCGAGGCCGAGGGUUACUAUGAUGACGAUGAGGAGCUGACGGACGAAGAGGAUCGCAAGGUCCUCGAGGAUGCCGGCAAGAUCCGCGAGAAGAUCGCGCUUAUCAGGAACGACGCGAGGUUGAAGAAGAGGCUAAAGAACCGGCCCGUCAUGCCCAGGUCCAAGACCAAGAAGAUGCUGUCCGAGAUGGACGAGGCCCUCGACGUCCUUGGCGUGGAUACUUCGCGCUUCGUCCCCGCCAUGCAGGAGACCCUGCCCCGUCGCGGCAGGUCGAUGACCAGGAGCCGUCUUGGCACCGAGGAUGCCAUGGACGUCGAUACCCCCCGGUCGCAGUCGCAGUCUGCCAAGGAGCGUAUUAGGGCCAUGAGCAGGGCGAGGAGCCAGCCUAGGAUGAAUAGGCAAGAGGACGGUGUUACGGAUGAGACGGCUAGGUCUAGGGCCGAGAGGCUUGCUAAGCUGAACCAGAAGAAGAUGAAUAGGAUGGCGAGACAGGGUGAGGCUGAUAGGCACGAGACGGCGUCUCUGGCUAAGCACUUGUUCUCUGGAAAACGUGGUAUCGGAAAGACGAAUAGGCGUUGA